CCAUUAGGGCUUGCAAAAAUCUUUAAAAAUGUCGACGACGGGCCGAGAUUUAACGGCAUCGCCGCUCGAUGAACGCCAAAUUGGAAACGAUAGCGAUGAUAUCCCUCAGAUUGUAGAAAAUUGUGUGCAGCAUUUAAACUUUUUGGACUCUUUUAUUUUAAAAUCAAAAGAUGCUAUGCGCGAAUAACAAAUGUAUCAGUCGGCCAUUCAGAAUAUUCAAUUAGGACUUAGAAAAAUUUUGUUAAAUUUUAAACAGCCAAAUCCUGAAAAUGAUUUUGAACAGAAAAUUGUUAAUAUAGUGGAGAAAGCAAUUGAAAAUAAACUAGGAGACAAUAGCCUCGUCUCUCCGAUUGGCCCCCGCUAUAGCCAAAUUCUAAAAUCUAUCUUGCAACAUAAAAAUACGAAUGAAAAUAUUGUAAGCCCCCCGGUCACACUCGCUCAUACUAGUUAUAAAGUGAUUAUAAAGCCAAAUGCCAGUUUAAAAAAUAUCAAAUCAUCUGAGGACACCCGCAAAAUUUUGACGUCCAAGUCCCCUAAGGAUUUUGGGAUCAAAGUUAACAAAAUUGUGCCGAUUCGGAACAAUGCGAUUCUCGUUGAAUCAAAUUGUUCAUCAAUUUUGAAUUUGACGGAGAAUCCAGUUUUGAAAUYGCUAAACCUCUGCGCUGAGCGUAUUAACAAAGUGUGGCCAAAAAUUCAAAUUUUUGACGUCCCUAAGGAAAUGGAAACAGAACAAUUAGUCAAAGAAAUCCUGAAACAAGAGGGCCUGCCGGAAAAUAUUCCAGAAAAUUUUGUCAAGUCUGCGUUUAAAGUAGGGAACAAAGACGGUAAAUCAAAUCACUGGGUGGUUGAAUUACACCCAGCUGCACGAAAUUAUUUUAUCAAGACAGGUAGCAAAAUGUACAUWAGUUGGAAAUCUUUGCAUAUUAGGGACUACCUAAGAGUAACUCGUUGUUUUAAAUGCCAAAAGUUUGGACAUGUUUCAAAAUUCUGUAAUUCUGAAAAACAAUGCGGGUAUUGUYCAGGAACUGAUCAUGAAUCGAUGAAUUGCAAAGUUAAGAACGAAGAGGCCAAACAUAAAUGUAGCAAUUGCAUAAGAUCUGAACAGCAAGAAGUUAAUCAUUGUGCAGGGUCGCUUAACUGCCYUAUUUAUAAACAUCGGCUGCAGGAGGCCCUAAAAAACAUUGACUUUGAUGGAUAAUUCAAUCAGAAUUAUUCAAUUGAAUUGCAAUGGGUCAAAAUUGGCAACGGCAGAAUUGAUAACAAAGUUCAAUUAGCUUUAUUACAAGAACCGCAUAGGGUUAAAUGUGGGCAAAAUUACAAAUUGUCAGGAAUCUCGACCGCAAUUAGCUGCUUUGCAACUAACGAUCCGAAAUUUCAAACGGCAAUUCUGUGUUUUGACCCUAGUUUAAAUCCACUAUUUUACCCUCAACUUUCUAAUAAAUUCCUGACAUUACUUUCCAUUUCUGUGAAAAAUGUACAAAUUUAUUGUUUGAGCGUCUACCUGCCUCCAAGUGAAAGUCCGUUGCCAAUUUUUGAACACCUGCACAAGAUAAUAGAAUUUGUAGCAGGUAAUAGAAUCAUUAUUUGUGGAGAUUUUAAUUCAAGGUCGCAGCUUUGGUUUGACCRGUUUAACGAUAGAAAGUCACAUAUUAUUGAGGAAUUCAUUGCAAAUUAUAACUUAAAUUUAUCCAAUCAACCAAAUAAUUUACCGACUUUUCAAACCAUCAAUGGCGAAUCAAAUAUAGAUCUGACGAUUAACUCAAACGAUCCAUUUAUUGAAAUUUCAAAUUGGAAAGUUGAAAAUGCAACCUCAUCAGACCAUAAUUUAAUUAGCUUUAGAAUUAAUAAAAAUCUUGCUUAUACAGACCAUGCUGCACCYUGUCUUAAUUUCAGAUUGGACUUGACCUCGAUUAAAGAUGAAGUCCUUCAACCGCUUGUCGAUGACCUGAUGAGCCU